UUUCCAUUUUCCAGUCUUUUUUUUUUUGGGUACUUGAGUUGAAGCAAGUGGCAAUGCCAUGAUUGGUGUCACUGGCGAAUAAAGUUAUUAUGAUUCCAUUCUGCUGCAAUCUCUUCUUCAGAUGCCACCCUGUUUCAGUUAAGUGAAGCUUUCUCUCUUGUUCUUUGUGCUGAAAGUGAUGGUAUAGCUUGAUAGAGCUGGGUCAAGGUUAGAAUUGGAAAAAGUCUUUAGCUUUAUGCUUACCGAACGUUCUUUGUGCUUGAUUGACUGGUGGGUUGUAUAAAGCUUUCAAUUAUUUAGUGUUGUGUUUGGUCUUUUUUGAUCCCCCACUUGCCACCUGUUAUAGGGUGAUUGAAAAAAAGGGCUAAAAGUGGAGAUGGAGAAUGUUCAGAUGCCAUGGAACUGGUUUUGAAGUACUUUAUGGGUUUGUGAGCUUAGUAAAGAGUUAGAACCAGAAAAAGUGAAUGAGAGUUGAAAAUACAGAUUAUGGGAAUGAGCAGUAAUACCAAUGGGAUUGGAUACUUGUCCAAGGAAUUUUUAGAAGGCUUUGUUAGCAUACAGAAUAAAGAUCUCAGGAGAAUGAGUGACAAUGGAUUGGUUAUAGCUGAGAGUAAGCUUCCAGAUGAACGGUUUGAUUCGACUUCUUGUAAAGAGGAAGAGGAAUGUGAGGAUCAUCUAGGCCAGAGAUCAUCAAAAGUUGGCUCUUCGCCUCGAGGAGGUUUGGAGCAUUUCACCAGGGAGACUGCUGGAACUGAGAGGAACCUGCUUAUUUCUGGUCAUGAAGUUAUGCUUACUAGAUCAAUGAUGGAAAAAUGGGGAUCUCCGAGGCAUGAACUAAUAUUGGACAGGUUGUCCGAGCGUGACAAGCAAAAACUGAUUGCCAACCUAGUGAGAAUACAAAAUGAUGGGACUGUUGAAGUUGAUCUAGAGAAAAGUGCACCUGUUGCAUCAGAAUUAUUGGAGUUUCAAUCUUUUGAAGAUUCAACAUUGAGUGGAAGUCUUAUUUCUGAAUCAAAAAAAUCAAUUCCACAGCUGCAAAUUGUCAUUCUUGCGGUUGGAACUAGAGGCGAUGUACAACCUUUUUUGGCCAUUGCAAAAAAACUUCAGGAGUAUGGUCACCAUGUUAGGCUGGCAACACAUGCCGAUUUCGACACAUUUGUAAAGUCUGCUGGUGUAGAUUUCUAUCCUUUGGGUGGCGAUCCUCGUGCUUUGGCAGCAUAUAUGGUGAGGAAUAAAGGUUUAAUCCCUUCCGGUCCGACUGAAAUAUCUAUUCAAAGAAAGCAGCUGAAGGCCAUAGUUGAUUCUCUUCUUCCGGCAUGCACGGCACCUGAUUUGGAAACUGGCGUUCCUUUCAGAGCUCAGGCUAUUAUUGCGAAUCCCACCGCUUGUGGACAUGUACAUGUUGCUGAAGCCCUUGGAGUGCCGAUACACAUAUUCUUCACGAUGCCUUGGACGCCAACAUAUCAGUUCCCACAUCCUCUGGCUCGUGUUCCGCAAAGUGCUGGUUACUGGCUGUCCUAUAUAAUUGUUGAUCUUCUGAUAUGGUGGGGGAUCCGAGGAAUUAUUAAUGACUUCAGGAAAAGGAAAUUGAAGCUUGCUCCUAUUGCAUACUUCAGCAUGUACCGUGGAUCGAUAUCUCAUUUACCAACUGCAUAUAUGUGGAGUCCUCAUGUUGUUCCCAAGCCUAGUGAUUGGGGACCUUUAGUUGAUGUUGUUGGUUAUUGUUUCUUAAACGUUGGAGCAAAGUAUCAACCACGCACGGAUUUCGUCGAAUGGAUCCAAAAAGGCUCAAAACCAUUAUAUUUUGGGUUUGGGAGCAUGCCUCUUGAAGAUCCUAAAAGAGCUACUGAUGUUAUAAUAGAGGCUCUGAAGGAUACCGAACAACGGGGAAUCAUCGAUCGAGGCUGGGGAAAUCUCGGGAACUUGACAGAAGUUCCUGACAAUGUUUUCCUUCUAGAAGGAUGCCCUCACGACUGGUUGUUUCCUCAAUGUUCCGCCGUGGUGCAUCAUGGUGGAGCUGGAACCACAGCUACAGGACUAAAAGCCGGGUGUCCGACGACCAUCGUUCCAUUCUUCGGAGAUCAAUUCUUUUGGGGGGAUAGAAUAUAUCAAAAAGGGCUAGGUCCAGCACCAAUUCCAAUUUCUCAGCUCACUCUUGAGAAUUUAUCAAAUGCCAUAAAGUUCAUGCUCCAGCCAGAGGUAAAGUCUCGAGCAAUGGAAGUUGCAAAGUUGAUUAAGGAUGAAGAUGGUGUUACCGCAGCAGUUGAUGCAUUUCACCGGCAUCUACCUUCUGAGCUACCGCUCCCAAUGCCAUCUCCGGUGGAGGAUCACCCAAAUGCUUUGCAGUGGUUUUUUCUUCAAAUAGCCAAGUGGUGUUGUGUGCCUUGUGGUGGUGUAUAGCUUUUUUCCCACACUAAGUAAAGUAUUUUCUUUUAUUCAUUAUAUAGUUAUUUUUUUAGAUGAGAGCUUUAAGCCUGCUUUUUCAAAAUAGGAGGAUAGCAUUCUAUUGAUUUCAGUAAGAAAUUUUUGUGAAGGUUUGACUAAUAAUUACGUAUUGAAGAUGUAUAUUUCAUCAUCCCAAAAGAAAAAUAGAAUCCGUAGCAAUGGAAGUUGAGGAUAAGAGCUUGGUUUCAUUAGUUAUAGCACAUAGUUUGCAAUUACCUAUGUAUUUUUUUUAAUUUGUGUUCUCCUAUCAUGGAUCAAUUUUGUGUUGUGGAAGACUCAAAUUUCUUCA